CACUUAACCGUAACUGACCGUAACUGACGACAAGGAGUUUGAUAGCACCGCUCACCCGGGGAACCCUGGUAUUGAAAAAUCUGCAACAUUAGAAUCAGUUAUAGUCAGAGCAGAGGAAUUUUGGUAAAAUCAAGACGCCGAGCCUUCACGGUUUACCACUCGCGUUAACUGGUUAAAGACUUUAAAGUCGAUGCUAGCGCAUACACGUAGUUGUAAUUCACACAGCAGCGGGACACCCUGGAAGAGACGGAGAAACCACAGGAGGAUGCCGAGCAACAGGGACUCGAUGUAAAAAUUAUUACGGCAAGAUGUGAGAUGAACCGGGAGAAAACAGCAACCGAGGCCAACGACAUCAUGUUGGUCCGGGGAUCGCACGGCCGAGGCCGGGCCAAAGUGACUCAUGCGGUGGUAGUGAUCUUCCUGGAGUUCUUCGCCUGGGGGCUGUUGACCACGCCCAUGCUGACCGUCCUCCAUGAGACGUUUCCUCAGCACACCUUCCUCAUGAACGGCCUGGUUCACGGUGUGAAGGGCUUCCUGUCGUUUCUCUCGGCUCCUCUGAUUGGUGCACUGUCAGACAUCUGGGGCAGGAAGUCCUUCCUCCUCAUGACAGUCUUCUUCACCUGUGCCCCCAUCCCCUUCAUGAGGAUCAGCCCCUGGUGGUAUUUCGCUCUGAUAUCAGUCUCAGGGAUCUUCGCAGUGACAUUCUCAGUGAUCUUCGCCUACGUGGCCGACAUCACGGAGGAGCACGAGAGGAGCACAGCUUACGGACUGGUCUCUGCAACCUUCGCAGCCAGUUUAGUGACGAGCCCAGCCAUCGGGGCCUACCUGUCCUCGCAGUACGGCGACAGUCUGGUAGUCCUGGUUGCCACGGUGAUAUCCGUGUUGGACAUAGCCUUCGUGUUCUUCGUGGUGCCCGAGUCGCUGCCAGACAAGAUGAGGCUGACGUCCUGGGGCUUCCCCAUCUCCUGGGAGCAGGCGGACCCAUUUUCUUCUCUGCGUCGUGUGGGGAAAGACACCACAGUGCUGCUGAUCUGUGUCACAGUGUUCCUGUCCUACCUGCCCGAGGCUGGACAGUACUCCAGCUUUUUCCUCUACCUGAAACAGGUGAUUGAGUUUUCUCCUGCAGCCAUCGCUGCCUUCAUUGCCAUGGUGGGGAUCCUCUCUAUAGUCGCUCAGACUCUCUUCCUCAGUGUUUUGAUGAGGACCAUUGGGAAUAAGAACACAGUUCUUCUGGGUCUGGGCUUCCAGCUCUUCCAGUUGGCCUGGUACGGCUUCGGCUCCGAGCCAUGGAUGAUGUGGGCAGCGGGAACCGUAGCAGCCAUGUCCUCCAUCACCUUCCCAGCAGUCUCUGCUCUGGUAUCACACAGCGCAUCACCUGACCAGCAAGGUGUGGCCCAGGGGAUGAUCACAGGUAUCAGAGGUCUAUGUAACGGCCUAGGACCAGCCCUUUACGGCUUCAUCUUCUUCCUGUUCAACGUGGAGCUGAAUGACAUCCCACCCGUGGCAGGAAGACCCACACAGCGCACAGAGAAGGCGAUGAUCCCCGGUCCUCCCUUCCUGUUCGGAGCGUGCGCUGUGUUGUUCGCUCUCCUCGUUGCCGUCUUCAUCCCAGACUCCCACCGAAUGGGCGAUGCCAAGACCUGCGCCGCCCGCAAGUCCAGCAGCACAUCGGCCGCACACACUCAGAGCGCCAGCCCUCUGGCCACGCCUACCAGCGACGCAGAGGACAUCGAGCCACUCCUACAGGACAGCAGCAUGUGACUGACAGCCGGUCCGGCCAAUCACGGGCUGCACAGGCCUUGAGCAGCGUCUGCUAGUCCUGCCCCAGAUAAACCGGUGUUCCUUUUUUUAUUUUUCAGAUCCAGACUGUCCGUUAGGCGGCAAUCACACUGACGAGAUUAGUGUCGUUACAUGAUGCAUGGUAUUUAUUCCAUUUUUACUGCUAUGUUAUGUUGCAUUUGAAUUAUUUUCAGAUUGGUCUAAAAUGUAGCUUUACAAUUUGAAAUCUGAAUGGACUGGUUGUCUGCUACUUCCAGUUCUAUUUUCUUAUUGGUUCAACAUAAAUUCUUAUAAAACUGAAAAUGGAAUCACUUUCAUUCAUGCUCACUUUCUUGCUGUCAAGUUUUUAAUAUUUUAUUUGUAAUUGCAGCUGCUGUAAAUUUAAAUGUUGAUAUUUGGUGUUGCAGUUGCUGGUAUAAAUUAAGACAAACACAUCAUUUCAGUUCGAUUGGAAGACGGCACACGAGUCAGAGGGAGAGGACAAUGUUGGUCAAGAUCACUUUCUGACUGUUUAUGAAUUUGAAGCACUCAAAUACCACAUUUAGCCUGUCCUUCCAUGUCAGUGAACUUUAGACCUUAUACUCCAUCCGGUAGCGAUGUGUGAUGGAGGUAGUCAUGGGAACAAGUGUAACCUGGGAUAUAUUUUGCUGAAGCGUAAAUGCACCAUGCAUAUCACUCACAUUUUUAAAGCCUUCAGUCUGGUUGCCGCCUAAUAUCUCAGUUUGAGAGUCAUAUUGCCUCUGUGUGUGCCUCUGCUGCACCUAGCUCCACCCGUCAGAUCUGCAGAGGUCAGCAGAUCAAACACCCCCCUCACAAGCAUGAGGGAAAGGUGUGACAACCAGAAGCUACCGACUGUUUUAACUUGAAACGUCCUCAUGACGGGACGGGGGGGGAUAGGCAGAACUCCUGGACAUUGUGGGAUAGGACAUGCCAGAUGGUGUUAUCAGUGGAUAAACAGUUACCAUGACAACUGACUAUCGACCACACUGAGCAUGUGCAAGAUCUGAACAGCUGUGACAUCAUCUAAUGCUGUUCAUAUUGAGGAAGAACUAGAAAAAGGAUUAAGAAAAUUAAACAACGUUGAUUUUUAGGUGCACAAGCUCGGGGGUGUCAUGGUGGGGGGGUGGGGUGGCUUUCUAAGAACCAUUUAUUGAUUUAUGCUCUGGAUUUAAUGUUAUUUUGCCUCAUCCUCUCUUGAAAAAAAUAUGUCUCUAGUAGUCUUGAACUGGAGGACGACACGUUUCUGGAAUUUGAUUGUUUUGCUGCCCCUAUGGUAGAUACAGCCUGAUCAAAUGCCCACUAGGAAAGCAUAUAAAUAACAAAAGGCUGCCUCACAUGCUUUUGUGAACCCUGAUGAUCCACCACAUGCAGCUGGUGCUCUUUUUAUUCUUUGCACCCUCUACCCACCCCUGCUGUGGUAUCAGUAGAGUCCCAGAUCCGUUCUAGUUGCCGUUCGUGACAUGAAUUUGGAAGCUUGUAUUAAAUCAAAGCAUAAAUGAGUAAAUCCUGAUUUUUCUCUCCCUCACACCCCCCCGGGCUCAGUGUGCUUCUUUCAUCGCACCUGAUCACGUUUUAUUAUCGGGUCUAUCAUCCCCCUCCUCGUGUGUUCUUCUUGUGUUUAAAUACUUGAAGUGUGUUACGCCUGUCAGUUAUUCCCAGGCUCUGAAACUGCCCCUCUCCCAGAAUGAAGCGCUACCGCGAUUGUUCCUUGUCUGACUCUGAUCAGUGCAGUGAACGCUCCUCCUCUGUAGUCUGAUCUCCAGCCUGUGGGCUGUUGACCAAAUUGUGCCAUUUGUUUUUUUUCUUGUUGAAUUUUCUGUUUCUAUUCUUUAGUCACUUACUUCAGAUGUUUUCAUGAGGACAAACCAUGUCUUUCCCAAAAAAAACACCCUCACUUAGAAGAAGAGUGCCAACAGUGUCCCUCUCUGGUUAGACAUGAUCUUAAAGACACCCCCCCAUACUUAACCUCAUAACCAGUGCAUGCUGGGACAGUCUCCAUGUCCAGCGAUGGAUGUGAUGUUUAAAGGUCUACAUCGAUGUCUUGUAACCUGUUACUUUAUUUCACCUUUUCGCUCCAUCACAACAUGUUUGACUUCACAGAUGAUCAGCCUGCAGAGAUCAGACUUAACUAAACUAAAACAUUUCCUGUUAUUAUAAGUCAGUUAAAUAUGUGUGCUUCUAUCCACCUCUUCUUAUGAGUUGUAUUUAAAAACCUGAGUGAAGAAGCCAAAACCAUUUAGAGAUAUCAAUGAAAGUGUAAUGCAACAAAGUGAUGUGUACUUCCCUUUAAAGCUUUUUUUAACACCUUUUUUUUCUAGAAUAAAUACAUUUCAAAACAAGUGGAGAUACAGUACCAGUCAGCGAUGUGUUCAUGAACGCACCAACAAGGAGGGUUUUCAAAACCAAAAGUCAUUUAAUUGCUUUAAAACACAAUAAGAACUUACAUUUCUUUAUUGAGUGGUGGACUAUCUCUCCUGUUUUUUUUUAUGUCUCUGCGGGUAGCUAUUUUCAUAAAAAUGAACAGAAGCAAACGGUUGCCUGAAAGGAAGACGGCCAAUUUAAAAACUGAUCGAGAAUAAGCAGCAACACAUGAACCUCUGAUGUUGAACGUUCUUAUUUUGUAUGUGAUUAAUCCAUCUCUGAAAUUCUGUCUGUUCAUUUUAAACUCACAUCCUCCUACUGUCCAAAGGAUUGUAAAAGAAGCAUAUGCUGCUUUUACAGUUCGAUCUGAUGUGUGGGAAAACCGAGUUUCUGACGUCUCACAGGUCUCUAGAAAUAUUACAUUCGAUGAUGUCAGUUCAUAGUGUCACCCUGCGUUAAGUGGACAUAUCUGGUGUUUUUUAUUCAACUUGACCUGAAUGCAGCAUCAAACAUCCUGAGGAACAUGAUGGUGUGUAGCUUCUUGAAGCACAAUCACGUGACAAUUUGUCGGAUUCAUGUGGAAGUAUUAUUCCAAUUGAAUCUUUAAAACAUGUAAUCAUUCUUUAUUUAAGCUCUCCAUCGAGCCAAAUUGUUUUCUUUCAUUUUUUUUUCAAUCUUUUUCUCAAAGAUGAUGUCAAAAACAGAAGUUGGACCUACAGUAUAUUUUUCUACAGUCAAUCUGAACCAAUCAAAAUCCCAGAAUGCAUCACAGUGUUAUUAGCUGCAUCCUGUCUGUCCUGAUGCUGUCUCCUCCUGUUUGGCUGUCCGGUCUUUAUGUUGCUGCUGCAUUCACCUCUCAUUGGAAAACCUCUGGACAACACUUCCUGCACAUUUAGCAAACAGUGAUGAUGAAUUCAGUGUUUCUGCUAAAACGGAUCCAUUGCAUAAAACGAAUCUGCAAGUGUAUUACAAAUUUUGUUACCUGGACUGAAUGUCAUUGGUCAGCAGUGGGAAAUUCGAAUGAGUAUACUUCACCGUAUUUAAAACAUGUCAUGUAUUGCAAGUGUAUUUGAUCAUCGUUAUUCUUAUCCAGCUGUUUAGACUUUUAACACGUGAGAGCUUUUGUAGAAAAACAUAACAAUUUUAGAAUAAUUGAAAUAGGUUAUGCUUCGGUCGCAAAACGUUCAAACAAACUUGGAUGUACUUAUGUUAGAAUUAAGUGUUACUCCGUGUUGAAGGGUGUGAAGUUCAACUUUCCGAUGGGACGUGAAGCGACAACAUGGCCGACACACCGAAUUGAUGAUGGCUCUGUUUUUGUACGUCGCCACUUGUUACUGAAUAUAAAUCUUUAAGUGGACUAAGAAGACUUUUAUUUUAGUUAAUGAUAAUUAUUAGGACAGAAACUUAUGAAGUCAAAACUUCCUCCCCCACUUCACUUCUUCCUCCUCCUCCUUUCUCCUCUUCUUCCUCCCCCUCCUUCCUCCUCUUCUUCGUGUACAUGAUGCAGAAAAUUUGCUGAUGCUGCACUUUAAUUUCUCUGAAUGUGUGCCUCUAAUCAUUCUUCAUGUUCAUAUCAGUUUUUAUAUAUAAACUAAGAGACGCUGAAUGACGUCUUUGUGUUGUGCAUUUGCAGUUGCUUUCUUUUAUCUUAUUAAGAACAUAAUUUUGAAUAAUAUCUAUGAUAAUAAUAAUAAAGAGAAAUGUAUGGAA